AGAUGUUGGCAAAAAGGGAUGCAUUCCAUAAAUGGUUUCAUGCAUAGUCUUAAUGCACUUACAUACAGGUAAGUGACAAUAUUUCACUAAGAAGGAAUCCUCCUCAUCAUGAGGUGACUCUACGUUUCACUUCAAACGAACAAAGGACUCGCUGUACGUUGUGUUCCCUGACCCUGCUUAAGCUGCAUGGCCGACCUGCUAUAUCGCAGACCCUAAAUUAGAUUACCAAAACAUGGUUAGUGGAUUAGUUUACCAAAAUUCCACAUUCCACAGGGUGGUGAAAGGGGGAUGGCCUGAAAGGGGGAAAAACUCUUUUUUUGCUUGGUAUUUCACAUUUAAAUAUGUCAACAAUAUACCCACAGAAUAAUGCCCUUACAAAUAAGUUCAUACCUCUCUCUCAAGACAAAGAGACAAACAAACAUUAUCCAGUGGUAGCACUUUACUGUAAAUACACACACGUAGUGGGCUGGCCUACACAAUGCGUUGGCAUCUUUCGGACAUGACAGCUCAUUUAACAACAGGUUACACUAUGAACACUACAUGGUCCAGUACGCUAAAAGAUCAGUGUGUAAUGACAAAAUAAAUACAUCAAGCAAAGGUCAUUGUACCUUGCGGUUACCGAAGUUACAGUAAGCCUAAUUUAGUAAGGAACAGUGGUAAUUACGAAGACUAUAAGUAGCCAUCUUAUUAUGAUGGACAAUAAUAAAAGAGCUUAUUGAAUGGAAUGCACAGUAAUGUCCUUACUGUCUGCCUUAAUCAUACAUCCUGCCCACAGAAUGCAUAUGCAUGAGGUCUUUAAAAAGGAAAAAGAAAAACUUAAAAAAAAAAAACUGUUUACCUGCUUAGUAAUUCCCUUUGUAGCCCCUUCAUCACAGACGCUGAACUCAUCCAGCUAUAGUUAAAGAAAGAAAGAAUCACAUAACACCACCAUACCUUAAGAAAGAUGCACUGUGCUUUCUGGAAUAACUGAAAUUCUUCUCAUGAUGUUGACUUGAUUUGUUUGUCUGUUUCUUUUAAGGUGUGAGAGAGAGAGACAGGAACAAAUAAGCUAAAGUGAAUGAGGACCAGACUUGGAUGUGAAAGGACAAGGUGACUGCGUGCUGGACAACACGCAAUGAGCAGGAGAGCUGACUGACAGAGGAUAUUGUGUAUGUGCGAUCGGAGUCUGAGCCCGCCCCCCUUCAGGAGUAAAACCGAUUAUUUCACUCGGCAACAUUGAGAGGGUGGAGAGGGAGAGACGCGGCUUGGGAUUGUAGGAAAGAGAACUGGAGCACUCCUCAACAUCCUCAUCAGCAGCAAGUAUCUUCACAGCGCGCUCAUUCCUCCCAGUAGCUCCAGACAUCCAGUGCUGGAGACCAGCGAGACUCGAAGUCUUUUCCAUUUCCAUUUGAAAACAGCAUUCAGACGACAAAGCCUAGUUUUGAUGACAUUUUAGAGAAGGACACCUCUUUGUCCGUGUUGGUUGAGUUGUGUUUCUGCUGGGCUGGAUUUAAGUGUGCAUCUUUGUGCGAGUCGGUCUAUCCCGCACUCAGUCGGCUUCUCCCGUCCGUUCAGACUGUCACUCGCCCGGACAAGAAUCUCUCAGCUCUUGGCCUGUGGUUCCUCCUGCACUUACCGGACACAUUUUAUCCAGGAUGAAGUACGGGUGCUGGAAUCUUUGAAUUGAGCGGAGCAAGUGGAGAGAAGUGAGCCUGGUGUUUGACUGGGGAAAGCACGGUGGUGAAAACGAGGGACAGAGACCGAGUCUAAACGUUCUUUUGGCCAGAGGAGACAGACGACUGGGCGGGGAAGAUGGGGAGGAAAAAGAUCCAGAUCACGCGGAUCAUGGACGAACGCAACAGACAGGUGACGUUCACGAAGCGUAAGUUUGGCCUGAUGAAGAAGGCGUACGAGCUGAGCGUGCUGUGCGACUGCGAGAUCGCCCUCAUCAUCUUCAACAGCACCAACAAGCUGUUCCAGUACGCCAGCACCGACAUGGACAAGGUGCUGCUCAAGUACACCGAGUACAACGAGCCGCACGAGAGCAGGACCAACUCCGACAUCGUGGAGACAUUGAGAAAGAAGGGCCUAAACGGGUGCGACAGCCCCGACCCCGAUGCCGAGGACUCGGUGGGUCACAGCCCGGAGUCCGAGGACAAGUACAGGAAAAUAAACGAGGACAUUGACCUGAUGAUCAGCAGACAGAGACUGUGUGCCGUUCCACCCUCCAACUAUGAGAUGCCCGUGUCCAUCCCCGUGAGCAACCAGAACAGCCUGCUCUACAGCCACCCUGGAGCCUCUCUGGGCAACCACAACCUGCUGCCACUGGCCCACCACAGCCUACAGAGGAACAACAUGUCCCCCGGCGUCACACACAGACCCCCUAGUGCAGGUGGCCUGAUGGGCACUGACCUCACCACUGGCGUGGGCACCAGUGCUGGAAAUGGAUAUGGUAACCACCGUAACUCCCCAGGCCUGUUGGUGUCCUCCGGCGGGAUGAACAAAGGCAUGCAGGCCAAGUCCCCUCCACCCAUGAACCUGGGCAUGAACAACCGCAAGCCCGACCUGCGCGUGCUCAUCCCCCCCGGAGCCAAGAACAACAUGCCCUCCAUCAACCAGAGAAUAAACAACUCACAAUCUGCACAGUCGCUGGCCACCCCCGUUGUUUCCGUAGCGACACCCACCUUACCCGGGCAAGGGAUGGGUGGCUACCCUUCUGCCAUCUCCACUUCAUAUGGUACUGAAUAUUCUCUGAGCAGCGCGGACUUGUCCUCUAUAUCAGGCUUCAACAGUGCCAACAGCAUUCACCUGGGAUCCAUGAGUGGCUGGCAGCAGCAACACCUGCAGAACAUGCAGCACUCAGCCCUCAGUCAGCUAGGAAAUUGCACUAGCACUCACUUAUGUCAGAGUUCAAAUCUCUCCCUGCCCACUGCUCAGAGCCUGCACAUCAAGUCCGAACCUGUUUCUCCUCCUAGAGAUCGCACCGGGAGCAGCACCCCUGGGGGCUACGCUCCCCCGCCCCCGCUCGCGCUCUCUUCCCAGCAUGCUCAGCACCCCGGCCAGCAACAGCAGCAGCAGCAUCACCACCACCAGGGGCAGCAGCAGCAGCAGCAGCAGCACCAGGGGCACCAGGGCUCGUCCCAGGCCCCGCCGGGUCGCCAGGACUCGGGCCGCUCGCCGGUGGACAGCCUGAGCAGCUGCAGCAGCUCGCACGAGGGCAGCGACCGCGACGAGCACCGCAGCGACUUCCACUCGCCGCUCGGGCUCACGCGGGCCGGCACCAACGGGGGAGGCGGUGGCGGCGGCGGGCUGGAUGAGCGUCACAGCCCCUCGCUCAAGCGCGUGCGUCUGUCCGAGGGCUGGGCCGCCUGAGUUGGCGGCAGUGGAGGACGAGGAAUAAGGCCACACCCCCCACCGACCCACCCUGACCACGACACCGCGUCAAGCUCCCACUGCUAACCACCACCACCAACAACAACAACAACAACAUCAACAAAAACAUCAAUGACCACCCGACCCCCGAACCCUGAUCGCCAAACAAGACCGAGCAGCCACUCCCACACCGUCUCGCUCCGCAAGCUGAACUGGGCCGAGCGCACAUUCAAACACAAGACACGCGUCGACACAGCCGCGCUUGCGCACACACACAGCCACACACACACUCACACACACACACACACACUCACCCACAAAUAUGAGCACACUGUCUCUCGCUCUCAGAGACGUGAUAGACGCAAAACCUGGAUGGACAUAACAAACUAACAGAGACACUCUUGCUGUGCUCUCUUGACUCUCUCUCUCCCUCUCUCUUGCUCUCUAUCAUACACAGAGUCACAAUCAGCCCUGUUUUUCUCCCUCACUGCUCUUUCCCAGUCUUUCUGUGAAGGCAGGUAUAGGGAGGACCUUGUGUUUUUUGACUCUCAACUGUAUGGUUUUGGUAUAACUAAUUGUUGUAACUAUGGUAAUGAGUUCCUUUCCCUGUUUUCUGAGUAUUUCAUAGAUCCAGAAGAGAGAUGUUUCAGAGGGGGUGUGGUGGACAAGGGUGGACAUUAGAGGCCUAGGCAGCAGCCAAACUUUUUACCAGGGGAAGGGGGUGUCUAUGCACUAUGAGUGCUGACUAGGGGGGGAGAGGGUAGUAUCCCUAAAACAUUAAGUAAGACAAAAACUAAAAGUAUAUGCAUAUCUACACAUGCAUCCAUGUACACAUAAUCCAUAGUAUCAAACAUAAAUGAAAUUAAAGUCAGGUACUCUGUUUUUUAUUUGUAAAAAUGAAGGAAAAAAUACUUUUUUUAAGUACUAAAAUCUUCUCAGUCACAGUAAGUGGAAGUCCAGGAAGUCUUUCAGAGAGGGCAAACAGCUGAAUUUACAGAUAGCCUAGCACUUCAGUUCCUUACUCUCUGUGUACAGAUACAGUGUUUUUGUUUCAUGUUUUGUUGUUUUUUGUUUUUCAAACCCUCUUUCUCUGCAGUGCUCCCUCUGCUAAAUGUAUGUUAUGACAGACAAUGUCUUGUUGCAGGUUCAACGUGUUUAUGUACAUAAGGGGCGAAGAGAAGGGGGAAAGGGGGUGUUGAAGGUUACACACAAUUAAAUACGUUCACAAUGAAGCUUAUAUGCAACUUGUGAUGGACCCUCCAGGUAUAUUUAUAUAUGUAUACAUGCAGGCUUCUUAGGGUUUUGUAAGAGUUACAGCCUCUGAUUGGCUAAUGCAAGUUUGGAAGGCCAUUUCUUGGAAGUGGCCAGGAUUGAAAUAGCAUUGAGCUGGAAGAGGACAAUAUCUUUGUUAAAAGAGCCAUGUUAAUCCAAGGAAAUAACACAAAACCUAAGUCUUGCGUUCAAUGUUCAGUAUUAAAAAAAUAUAUGACAAAAAAAAACAAAAAAACAAUUGUAUAAUACACUUGCUUAUAUUUUCAUAUAAAAAGGAAUAUAAUGCAAAGCAUUUUUGUGGCUUUUUGUAGUUUCUAUAAGCCAGAAUGUGUUUUGAUAGCUUUGCUAAUAUGGGGAAAUAAACAAAAAAAUACAUGACGGGCUAUUUAACCUGAAGCCAUGGAAGGGGAGAUGGAGAACCAUUUAGCUUUGCUGAACUUUUUCCUCUUUGUAGAGAUUUUCCUUUUGUUUGUUUUUAAAACGUGUAUUUCUAAUUAUAUUAAAUAAUAAUAUUAAGAAUCUUUUUGGAAAAAAAAUCUGUGAAAUUAACAUGCUUGUGUAUAGCUUUCUAAUAUAUAAAUAUAUAAUAAUUAUGAUCAUAGCAUUUGUUUGUUUCCCCCCUUGUAGUGGAGUUAAGUGUGUGUGCAGUCACACAUGUAGUUAAUUUUUGAGUUCCCCUUUUCCUUCUUCCCUUCUUUCUUUCUUUAUUCUAUUCUGUUUUUUUUGUUUGUUUGUUUGUUUUUUUAGCGAGCUCCAGACAACGUCAUUCAGGAUCAUAGCAGUUCCCCUCCUCCAGGUCCACGGGCUGCGGUGCUUUUCUGUUUGCAUUCUCAGAAGUGAGCAUGUCUCAGGCAAGACGACGGGAAGCAUAAGUGUGAAGACAGACAAACAGAGAGGAGAAGCUCUCCCUGUGUCCUAUGUCCAUGGUUAGCCAACACUGGAGGGACUGUGUUAUAGGGUCUUACAGGUUCAAUCUCUCUUCUCCAUUCUUGUUUGUUUUGCGUAGAUGUUUUGCAAUCAAAUAGACAAGGAGGUAACUGCCCUGUCCUCUAUCUCUAACAUGCCUAAUGGACAGCCACACAGUGUCUGUGGAUAAGCAUCAUAGUUUUGUUGCCAAAGCAACAGGUCAUCUUUCCUGUUGCUAUUUGCAGAUAGAUAUCAUGACCAAUAUAUGGGCACUGGUUAGGGAGAAGCACAAACUUUUCUUUUUCAAACUAUGUUACAAAUGGAGUCACAGUCAAUACAAUUCUCCUGAAUACACGCAAAGAAGAUGGUGAUCGAAUCACCAUUUUCUAGUUUUUAUUUAUUUUAUUUUUUUUGAAGAAACCAAAGCUAAUGACGUGUCUGCUUGAUGUCACAAUUUCACUCUCACACGUGUCAUUCUGUUGCCACGUUUGAAACAAUAAAAAGCAAAAACACCCAGUCAAAGACUUGCUGCAUGUUAGUUAGUAACUAUAGUCAAUGUGAUCAGUCCAGAAGGAAAGGCCAGUGAAACAGCUCACAGUGCCAUGUUGAAUGAGUGAAAACGCACGCCCGAUCGUUCUGACCGCAUAGCCUCCUUCUGGUCACCUGGGGUUUUCUGUGGAUGCUUUGAUAUUUGCUAAUAGUUUCUUUGUUGUUACUGGUAAAAAAAAUGUGCUUCAAACAGAUUUAGUAAUGGCGUCUGUCAGUAUCUUUUUUUCCUACCAAAGAGAUGGAGCGAUGUUCAUUUUUGGUGUCAUGUUUUUUGAGAUUUGAGACAGUUGUAUUGCUUCAUAUGUUGAUAACUUGACUUGCUUUCCUCUGUAAUAUACUGUAUGCCGGUACCUCAAAUGGACCCACCCAGUACCUCAAAGAAACUUUUUGAUGAGUCAUUUUGGUGAGAGAAGGGGUAAACUGACCCAGCAGGUGUACAGUAUUGUGAAAUAAUCUGCCAUUGUUUGUUCAAUCUCUUAUUAUUUCCCCGUAUGGUUUGUUGUUCAGUACUCUUCAGUACUUUUUAUUUUUUCUUGGAAAAAAAAUGUUUCCAUUUAAAAGUUCAAAUAACUCCUAAAAAUAUGUUUAACAAUCUGUAGUUACAAAUGUAGCUUGUAUAAACCUAUGGAGGGUGACGUUUGAAGGAAACAUUUGUUUUUAUGUUUUAUUUUUUUCGUCUUUCUUUGAAAUAUGAGAGAGGCUUACAGCGGCAUAAGCUGGACUUUGUCGCCACUUGAAGACAAGAUGUCAUUAAAUUAAUACCACAUCUCUGUAUCUCAAGGGACUUGACUCCGCUGUAUGUAAUGAAAAAAUUAAUGUGUGGAAAAGAAUAAAAAAAAACAAGUUUGUCCCA